GAGCGAGAGGUGCGCGUUUGCUGCGAUGCCCGAGCCGGCCAAGUCCGCCCCCGCGCCCAAGAAGGGCUCCAAGAAGGCGGUGACCAAGACGCAGAAGAAGGGCGACAAGAAGCGCAAGAAGAGCCGCAAGGAGAGCUACUCGAUCUACGUGUACAAGGUGCUGAAGCAGGUGCACCCCGACACGGGCAUCUCGUCCAAAGCCAUGGGCAUCAUGAACUCCUUCGUCAACGACAUCUUCGAGCGCAUCGCCGGCGAGGCCUCGCGCCUGGCGCACUACAACAAGCGCUCCACCAUCACCUCGCGGGAGAUCCAGACGGCCGUGCGGCUCCUGCUGCCCGGCGAGCUGGCCAAGCACGCCGUCUCCGAGGGCACCAAGGCUGUCACCAAGUACACCAGCUCCAAGUAAGCUGCGUCUGCAUCCUGUGCCAGACCUGCUCCACCCAAAGGCUCUUUUAAGAACCACCAACCCUUUACAUUUGAAGAGGCAAUGGCACGCAGGAAGCAGACAUAACAGAGAAGGCAUCUUUACAGAAAAACAGCAAUCAAAGCAGCCCACAAGACCACA